GCCCCGCCCCGGCUACGGUGGCCGCCAGGCGUACGGUGGCCGUCGGGGGCCCGGCGGCGCGCUUCCCGGUGCGCUGCGCGGCCGCCGCGGUGUCCGCCUGCCCCCGCGGCUCCCCGGCGAUGGAUUUCUCCAGGUUCCUGUCGGAUGACUUCGAGGUGAAGAGCUGGGUGAACGCGGCCUUCCGGGCCGUGCAGCAGGAGGCCCCCGGCAAGGUGGACGCUCACGCCGCCACGCUGGUGAUGAAGCUGCAGCUCUUCAUCCAGGAGGUCAACAACGCGGUGGAAGAGACGAGCCACCAGGCUCUACAGAACAUGCCCAGAGUCCUCCGGGAAGUGGAAGUCUUGAAACAGGAGGCAACGUUCCUGAAGGAGCAAAUGAUCCUCGUUAAAGAAGAUAUCAAGAAAUUUGAAGAAGACACAGCCCAGUCAAUGCAGGUCCUGGUAGAGAUUGACCGAGUGAAAUCUAGAAUGCAGUUGGCUGCUGAGUCACUUCAGGAAGCAGACAAAUGGAGCACGUUAAGUGCAGACAUUGAAGAGACUCUUAAAACACAGGAUGUGUCUGUGAUUUCGGCCAAACUGACAAGUAUGCAGAGCAGCCUGGCUAUGCUUGUGGAUACGCCGGAUUACUCCGAGAAGUGUGUGCAUCUUGAGGCUCUGAAGAACCGACUAGAGGCCAUGGCCAGCCCUCAGAUUGUUGCUGCUUUUAACUCCCAGUCUGUAGAUCAGGCAAAAACGUUUGUUAAAGUCUUCACCGAAAUUGAUCGGAUGCCCCAGCUUCUUGCUUAUUAUUAUAAAUGUCACAAGGUGCAGCUGGUGGGCGUGUGGCAGGAUCUUUGCCAAAGUGACUUAAGCUUAAAUCGCCAGUUGACUGAACUGUACGACACACUCCUUGGGACCUGGCACUCACAACUUCAGUGGACAACACAGGUUUUCAAGAACCCCCAUGAAAUUGUGACUGUGUUGUUGAUUCAAACUCUGGGAGCGUUGGUGCCUUCCAUCCCUGUCUGCCUCGGCACUGCCAUGGAGAGAACGGGCCAAGAAACCAAGCUGACUAAGCUGCUGGAGCUCUAUGAUGCCACCACCCACUUCGCAAAAGGGCUGGAAGUCGCAAUGCUGCCAAACCUGAAGGAGCAGAACCUGGUAAAAGUGAUGGAACUGGUGGAAGCGGUGUAUGGUCCGUACAAGCCCUAUCAACUUGAGUAUGGAGACCUGGAAGAAGAAAAUCUCCUCAUUCAGAUCAGCGCAGUGCCCUUGGAGCAUUGGGAAGUAAUUGACUGUGUCCAGGAGCUGAACCAUUCAGUCAACAAACUCUUCAGUCUGGCUUCGGGAGCCAUCGACAACUGCGUUAAGCUCACUGACGGACUGGGAGUGUGUGGGCUCCUCAAGGCCCUGAAAGCUCUGUUCACAAAGUAUACGUCUGACUUUACAAACACAUUGCAGUCUAUACGGAAGAAAUGUAAACUGGAUGAUGUCCUAUCAGAUUCCCUUUUCCAGGAGGACUGGACUGCAUUCCAAAACUCUGUCCGGAUAAUUACUACCUGUGGUGAGCUCCUUCGUCAGUGUGGAGACUUUGAGCAGCAACUGGCCAACAGGAUUUUAUCCACUGCUGGGAAGUAUCUCUCGGACUCCUACAGCCCUUGUAGUUUUUCUGGCUUUCAGGAUACUAGUUCUGCAGAAAAGAAGAGCUCUGUAAAGAAUCCCUGGCAGGAAUACAAUUAUCUUUUGAAGGAGAAUCCGUCUGAGUAUGCCAGCCUUAUGGAGACACUUUACACUCUAAAGGAAAAAGGUACGAGUAACCACAACCUGUUGUCUUCGUCUCGAUCUGCCCUAAGCCGCCUCAACCAGCUGGCACACCACUUGGCUUUUGAUUCUGUUUUUCUUCGCAUCAAACAACAACUCUUACUCGUUUCAAAGAUGGAGGGCUGGAAUUCCGGUGGCAUUGGUGAGACCCUGACAGAUGACCUGCCAAACUUCAGCCUGACUCCUCUGGAAUAUAUCAGCAAUAUUGGGCAAUAUAUUAUGUCGCUUCCUCUCCACCUUGAGCCAUUUGUCACUCAAGAGGAUUCUGCUUUGGAACUGGCAUUACAUGCUGGAAAACUGCCUUAUCCCCCAGAACAAGGAGAUGACCUACCUGAGCUGGACAACAUGGCUGACUACUGGCUGGGCUCCAUCGCCAGAGCUACGAUGCAAACUUACUGCGAAGUCAUCCUGCAGAUACCAGAGCUCACGGUACACUCGACAAAGCAGCUUGCCACAGACAUUGAUUAUCUAAUAAACGUUAUGGAUGCCCUCGGCCUUCAGCCAUCAAGAACGCUGCAAAAUAUUGUAACUCUGUUGAAGGCAAAACCAGAGGACUACCGGCAAGCUGCAAAAAGCGUGCCCCGCAGAAUGGCCAGCAGCGUCGCUGCAAUGAGAGGCCUGGAGUGCUAGCUGCAGUGUCCCCGCUGCUGGACACCGGUCAAGGGCUGAACUCUUUGGGUUGGGUUUAUUUCCCUAUAAACUUUGCACGGACAGUGAAAACAUCUCUGGGGAUUAGCGGAAUUUAUUUCUGAAUAACUUUUAAUAAAUGUCUUUGUCUAGGAAAA